GUACCCCUCCGCACAUUGCUUGCACUCACCCACGUCUCCCAAAAAUGGCGUACCAUAGCCAUCGGAUAUCCAAUAUUGUGGACACACACCGACUGUCACGAUCGCGCGCAGUUUAUUGCUUUCAUGCAACGCUCUCAAGAACUCCCCAUCUCACUCGUCGUUCAUCACGACGACAUCAUCUUUUCGGGUUACCGACAGGCACUCUCGGCCGUUUCCUUCAUGGAGGUCAUCACCCCUAUCACCAGCAGACUCAGAACACUCAAGGUGACGUUUACGCGCGUUAACGGAGAGCUUCCGGAUUGGCUCGUCACGGCUGUCCCCGGGUUACAGCUAGACUAUCUGCUGCUCACAGUCGACGCUACGGAUGUCUGGAGGUCCCCACAUCAUGGCAAUACGAAGGCGCUUUUUGCAGAACAAGUGUCACGCGUCAAAGCUCUGCGCCUAGACGGAGUCGCCGGAUGGGAGCUGAGCACCCGGUUCCCCAACCUCACUCAUCUGCUCUUCUCGGGGGCGAAAUUCAGAACGGUAGACCGCAUCGCCGAUCUGCUAUCGUACAUCCCCAGCCUCGAGGUCCUGUCAUUCAAUCGUGUAAGCCCCCCCGGCGCAAUCCAACAAAGAUCCUCCCGUAAAGUGUCCCUGCAACGACUUCGGACGGUGUCGUUCUCAGACUCAGAAGCGGCUGCUCUCCAACUGAUCGACGACUUG